AUGUGCCUGGACUCCCGGAGGGCUCCUGCCGGACACCGUCUCCCAUCGGCCGAGAGGGAUCCUUCCUGUCUGGGAAGGAUCUGCAACACAGGUAAAAAGAAGAUUCCGGGAAGGAGAUUCUACAGCGGAGCCCUUAAGCCAGGCCUGGGAAAAGGAGAUUUUCGUAUUUAUUUAUUACAAUAUUUAUAUCCCGCCCUCUCUCCCCUUAAAAGGGGACUCAGAGCAGCUUACGUUAUAUUUACAUAUUUAUUUAUUACAAUAUUUAUAUCCCGACCUCUCCCCUUAAAAGGGGACUCAGAGUGGCUUACAAGUUAUAUUUACAUAUUUAUUUAUUACAAUAUUUAUAUCCGGCCCUCUCUCCCCUUAAAAGGGGACUCAGAGUGGCUUACAAGUUAUAUUUACAUAUUUAUUUAUUACAAUAUUUAUAUCCGGCCCUCUCUCCCCUUAAAAGGGGACUCAGAGCGGCUUACAAGUGAUAUUUACAUAUUUAUUUAUUACAAUAUUUAUAUCCGGCCCUCUCUCCCCUUAAAAGGGGACUCAGAGUGGCUUACAAGUUAUAUUUACAUAUUUAUUUAUUACAAUAUUUAUAUCCGGCCCUCUCUCCCCUUAAAAGGGGACUCAGAGUGGCUUACAAGUUAUAUUUACAUAUUUAUUUAUUACAAUAUUUAUAUCCGGCCCUCUCUCCCCUUAAAAGGGGACUCAGAGCGGCUUACAAGUUAUAUUUACAUAUUUAUUUAUUACAAUAUUUAUAUCCGGCCCUCUCUCCCCUUAAAAGGGGACUCAGAGCGGCUUACAAGUUAUAUUUACAUAUUUAUUUAUUACAAUAUUUAUAUCCGGCCCUCUCUCCCCUUAAAAGGGGACUCAGAGUGGCUUACAAGUUAUAUUUACAUAUUUAUUUAUUACAAUAUUUAUAUCCGGCCCUCUCUCCCCUUAAAAGGGGACUCAGAGUGGCUUACAAGUUAUAUUUACAUAUUUAUUUAUUACAAUAUUUAUAUCCGGCCCUCUCUCCCCUUAAAAGGGGACUCAGAGCAGCUUACGUUAUAUUUACAUAUUUAUUUAUUACAAUAUUUAUAUCCGGCCCUCUCUCCCCUUAAAAGGGGACUCAGAGUGGCUUACAAGUUAUAUUUACAUAUUUAUUUAUUACAAUAUUUAUAUCCGGCCCUCUCUCCCCUUAAAAGGGGACUCAGAGCGGCUUACAAGUUAUAUUUACAUAUUUAUUUAUUACAAUAUUUAUAUCCGGCCCUCUCUCCCCUUAAAAGGGGACUCAGAGCGGCUUACAAGUUAUAUUUACAUAUUUAUUUAUUACAAUAUUUAUAUCCGGCCCUCUCUCCCCUUAAAAGGGGACUCAGAGUGGCUUACAAGUUAUAUUUACAUAUUUAUUUAUUACAAUAUUUAUAUCCGGCCCUCUCUCCCCUUAAAAGGGGACUCAGAGUGGCUUACAAGUUAUAUUUACAUAUUUAUUUAUUACAAUAUUUAUAUCCGGCCCUCUCUCCCCUUAAAAGGGGACUCAGAGCGGCUUACAAGUUAUAUUUACAUAUUUAUUUAUUACAAUAUUUAUAUCCGGCCCUCUCUCCCCUUAAAAGGGGACUCAGAGCGGCUUACAAGUGAUAUUUACAUAUUUAUUUAUUACAAUAUUUAUAUCCGGCCCUCUCUCCCCUUAAAAGGGGACUCAGAGCGGCUUACAAGUGAUAUUUACAUAUUUAUUUAUUACAAUAUUUAUAUCCCUCCCUCUCUCUCCUUAAAAGGGGACUCAGGGCGGCUUAACAAUAAGACGCAUAUAUAAACCAUACAGUGCAAUAUAAAUCAUCAUUAACUUACAUCAGUAUUCAUAAAACACAUUAUAAAAUACAGAUAGGUGUGUUCAGUUCAAAUCCAUUCAAGGUAUACGUGGACCCCCUUUUAAUGCCAACCUUUCCACGUGGAAAACUCCAUUUGUAAGGCAAACCCUCGUUAAAGGAGGUUUGCAAUUAAUUUAAAACCAGGCUUCUGAGGGACCCGCUGCGUUUAAAGCCAAACCUAACAGGUGGGAACCCCUUUGGUUAACGCAAGGUGAAGGACCCUCUAUUUUUAAUAGGAUGCCUGGGAGAAUCUUAACCUAAAUGCAGGCCUAUGGGCUACAGCCUAUUCUGCAUAGCCAGGCAUGGGGGGACCCCAUAUGAUGAAUUUGAAGCCUGAUAAAAGGAGAUUUUUGUAUUUAUUAUUACAUUUAUAUCCCGCCCUCUCUCCCCUUAAGGGGACUCAGAGCGGCUUACGAGUGAUAUUUACAUAUUUAUUUAUUUAUUACAAUAUUUAUAUCCCGCUGUCUCCCCUUAAAGGGGACUCAGAGCGGCUUACGAGUUAUAUGUACAUAUUUAUUUAUUUAUUACAAUAUUUAUAUCCCGCUGUCUCUCCCCUUAAAGGGGACUCAGAGAGGCUUACAAGUGAUAUUUACAUAUUUAUUUAUUUAUUACAAUAUUUAUAUCCCGCCCUCUCUCCCCUUAAAGGGGACUCAGGGCAGCUUAACAAUAAAACGCAUAUAUAAAAACCAUACAGUGCAAUAUAAAUCAUCAUUAACUUACAUCAGUAUUCAUAAAACACAUCAUAAAAUACAGAUAGGUGUAUUACAUACACUGUAUCAUUAGCAUCGCACAAUAUUAGCAUUAUAUACUACAUUGCAUUAUACCACUAUACAGAAACAUUAUUAGCAAUAUUACAUUUAAUAUAUAAUAUGUAAUUCAUAUUAUUAUAUUGUAUCAUUGUUAGUAUUAUAUUGCAUUAUUUAUUUAUUUGCUAGAUGUAUAUGCUGCCCUUCUCACCCCCAAGGUGAACGGCUUACAAAUUAAAUUUACAUACAAUAUUAUAUUAUUACCAUAGUACAAUACUGGCAGUAAAUUACUAUAUUGUACUAUAUGAAUAUAUGGUAAUAUUAUUAGUAGUAUUACAUGCAAAAUGUAAUACAUAAUUAAUAUUAUUAUAUUUAAUUAUUAGUAUAUCGUUUUACAAUAUAAUAUGAACAUUAUAUGUAUAUGCAAUAUGUUAUAAUUAUAUAUUAAAUUAUAUAUAUAUAUAUAUACAUACAUACGUACAUACAUAUAUAUACACACAGUAGAGUCAUCCAACAUAAAUGGGCCAGCGAAUAUUUAUUUAUUUAUUUACAGCAUUUUACCGGGCUGGCCUCGAACUCAUGACCUCCUGGUCAGAGUGAUUUGUUGAUAUUUAUUAUUCAUUUACAGCAUUUAUAUUCCGCCCUUCCUUCUCACCCCGAAGGGGACUCAGGGCGGAUCACAUGACACAUAUAGGCAAACAUUCAAUGCCUUUUAACAUAGAACAAAGACAAACAAACAGGCUCCGAGCGGGCCUCGAACUCGUGACCUCCUGGUCAGAGUGAUUCAUUGCAGUUAAUUGCAGCUGGCUUGCUUUCCAGCCUGCGCUGUUGGAUAAUAAGGAGGCAUUAUGGAAAAGCCUAUUAAACAUCAAAUUAGUUGAUGAUUUUACAAAUUAAGCACCAAAACAUCAUUUGACAGAAAAAGUAGUUCAAUAUGCAGUAAUGCUAUGUAGUAAUUACUGUAUUUACGGAUUUAGCACCAAAAUAUCACGACGCAUUGAAAACAUGGACUACAAAAAUGCGUUGAAUAAUCCAGAAUGUUGGAUAAGAGAGUGUUGGAUGAGACUACUGUAUAUACAAUAUAAAUUAGAAUAGCAUGUUAUUGGGGGAGGAGCAUCUUGGUUCUUAGAUGUUUUUAUUAGUUAUUGAUAUUAGUAUAGAUAUGACAUUGAGUAUAUAUUAUCCUAGCACAAUGUUAAUAUUAGUUAUUCAUAUUAGUCUCAAUAUGACAUUAAUAGAGUACAUUAUUAUCCUAGCACAAUGUUAUUAGAUGUUAAUAUUAGUUAUUGAUAUUAGUCUCCAUAUGACAUUAAUAGAGUAUAUUAUUAUUCUAGCACAAUGUUAUUACAUAGGACCAUGUUGUUGCUAGGGGGAGGCCCCCCCCACUGAUUGUAUUAUUAGUAUUAUGUUGUUGCUAGGGGGAGGGCCCCCCCACUGAGAUCCCCUGUCAUUAAUGUGUCAGACCAGGCAUUUCACUCCUACCUUUGCAUCAGAAAGCAGGCUCCCUGUGCGCUAGGCCUUCCUUUGAGGAACACAUUCACAGCUCCGCUUGAGUGUGGCAUUGAGGCCCCACUCAGGGACGGGCGGGUCCUCCCUUUGCCCUGGGCAGAUCGUGGGGGGUGGGCGGAUCUCCCUAGACGGGCAGGGGGUCGCGGCUGGCGGGACAGCGGGAUAUAAAAAUAUAAAUAUAUAUAUUAAAACCCUUGCACCCAAGGAAACAACUCUGGGGACCCGAGCGGCUGCUCCCAGCUCACGUCACGGGCAUUUUAAACAUCUCGUAGCAGCUCAGAUUAAUACCUGAACUAACCUUAACCUGCUAACCCUACUAACCCAUUUCUAACUAGAGCAGGAAUUUUAAAUAGGGCUGUUUUUGCCUGUUGGCAAGAACCAAGCUGGGAGGGGGCCUCUGGGCCUCGGGUGGGAAGAACCCUAACCCUGUCCCUGCCCUGCGCUGGGAGCGCCCCCCCCCUCGGGACUCCAGUGUUUGGUCCCCGCUCUCCCCCAAUCCGACGGCCUAGAAAGCCCCUCCGCCAUCCGCCCAGGGCCAACGGACAGCCCUCCCUCCCCGGCAGCCGCGUUCCUCAUGCAACAGGGAGCCUGGUUCUGGAUGCAAACGUGGGACCCCCUUAGGACCCCCUUUUCUCUGUGCAGGGACCCCCGCUCCCCAUAAAUAAAUGCCUGGUGGAAGGGGAUCCUAGUAGAAAAAGCCACAGUUCCCAAGAGCCCCCAAAAGCGAGAUGCUCCCUUGGUUCAGCCCUUCUGACACUUGUUUUCUCCCUUGUUCUAUGUCUCCGGAAUCGCCGAGGGACGGAAGGAGAUCCCAGAGAGCAGGACGCCUUGCCUUUCUGGCUGCUGAGCUCGACCCCUUUCCAACAAUGUCAGCGUUCAAGAAUAAAACUCUUCCCAAAAAAGGUGUUUUCUGGUUAUUAUUCAAACGUUUAAUUUUUGACAGCCUUAAACAUCUAGAUUACAAUACAGUUUGUUCUGCUGCCUUUUAUAAACCUUGUUUUCUACAAAUAAAGUCAAGAGAAACACUAUAAGUUUUGCACUGUGCUCAGACUCAUUGUUCUGAUAUUCUGUUAUAUGGUUUUAUUAUUUAUAUCGUUUUUAAUGUAUGACUUUCUUACAUGUGACAUGGGAGCGGGGUAUAAAAAUAAAGUAUUAUUAUUAAUAAACACCACCAUUUUCUUGCACCCGAAGUACAUCUGGCCAUUGCCAAAGAGUAUUUAACUCUGCCUACAUGGCACUAAAGUGUAUUUAUAUGUUGUUUCUAUUGAUUUUAUGUAAUGUUUGCUUUAUUUGCAUUGAAUUUUUGUCUGGAUGUAUCUUGUAUGCCGCUCAUCUCCAUAAAUGAGCGGGAUAGAAAUGAGGUUAAUAAUUUUACGAAUGUUUUAAUGUAACUUGAAUUUUAAAUUGAGUUGAAAUGUGAUUGUAAUUGUUUAUAAGUGUUAUCUAUUUGUAAGGCACCCUGAGUCUCCUCUUAUUGGGUGAGAAGGUCUGGGAAGAAAUACUGUCAUAAAUAAAUAAAAUAUUCUGUGUCCAGGUUGCUUCAUGGGUUGACUUCUCUGGCAGGAUUAAUCUGCAGGGCCUUUCCUGUGGGAAAGUUUACACAGGGACUAACAAGCAUGGAGCAGGGAAGGCACUGCAGACACUCUUGCGCAUGCGCGGCCUGCUCCCUAGUAGAAACUUGGCCCCGCCCACUACACGCACCCCAUUCCCUUCUGCGGCUGCGCGGCCUGUUCCAUAUUUGGGGGAACUUGGCCCCGCCCACUGCAGGCAUUCCCUUCCCUUCUGCGUCUGCGCGGCCUCCGUCACAGGGCGGCAAGAUGGUUGCCCGGCCCGGUAAGUGUCGUUCGGGGCGGCCGAUUCCACGGCGACCCGGCUCCGUCGAGGCCUCGUCGCCAAGGCCCGGGAGGAGGAAGGGAGCCCGGAGCCUGGCCUUCCAAACAACGUUCGCAGGCCAAGGCGCGGAAGGAAUCCCACGCAGGAAAACCCACUUCGGCCUUCGCUCCUGGUGUUUUGGACUCUUCCCCAACCCGUAGGCAGGCUGCUAGGCAUUGUGGGAGUUGGAGUCCCAAACAUACUAUACUCCUAAUAUACUAUAUACACAUAAUGAUGAUAAUCCGAUGCAAUACUAUAUAAUAAUUACAUUAAAUUACAUUAAUGCAAUGUCGUAUAGUACAAUAUAAUCUGUUUAUGUUGUGCUGUACUAAUAUAAUGUACAUACAUAAUAUUGAUAAUAUUCUGAUGUAAUACAAUUUAAUAGUAAUAAUACACUAUUAUAAUUGUAUAUAUUACAUGUAAUGUUACUAAUAACAUUGCAAUAUAGUCAUAGAGUACAAUAUAAUAUAUAAUGCUUAUAUUGUGCUGUACUAAUAUAAUAUACAUAUAAUAUUGAUAAUAUUCCGAUGUAUUACAAUAUAAUAAUACACUAUUAUAAUAUAUUUAUAUUACAUGUAAUGUUACUAAUAAUAUCGCAAUAUAGUCAUAUAGUACAAUAUAAUAAUAUAUAAUGCUUGUAUUGUGCUGUACUAAUAAUAUAAUAUAUUGUAUGUACAGUAGAGUCUCACUUAUCCAACAUAAACGGGCCGGCAGAACGUUGGAUAAUCGAAUAUGUUGGAAAGAUUAAGGAAAAGCCUAUUAAACAUCAAAAUAGGUUAUGAUUUUACCAAUUAAGCACUAAAACAUCAUGUUAUAGGCAGGAAGGCACCAUCUGAUCCCUCCUGAGAGAUGGCCAUUCAUCCUCACUGUUAUAAUUAGUUCUAUGGAGAAGUAAGGCUUUAGAGGCAUAGAAUCUUACAUUUGGAAGGGAUCCUGGAGGCCAUCUAGUCCAACCCCAGUCGGCCAAGCUGGAAGGACACCAUCAAAGCCCUCCCGACAGGUGAACAUCCAGCCUGUCAUAGAAUUUUAGAGUUUGAAGGGGCCCCGAAGCCCAUCGAGUCCAACCCCAGUCUGCCUGACUGGAAGGAUACUAUUAAAGCCCUCCUGACAGAAGGCCAUCCAAAAAGCACUCUCUCCUGACGUUUCGCCCACAUUACUGACAGGCAUCCUCAGAGGUCGUGAGAAAUUUCUUUAUCGAACCUUUACCUCAGAAAAGCCUUGUGAAAUAGAAAGAAGAAAAUGCCAAUUUUAUUUAUUAAGAGAUGGUUAUCUCAGACUUUACCUCAGAAAUGGCCAAGCCUUGUGAAACGGAAGGGAGAAACAAAGGCAAAACUUUUGAAAAUUAGCACAGCUUUUUCUGAAGGGACCAGGAAUUUCUUUAUCGAACCUUUACCUCAGAAAAGCCUUGUGAAAUAGAAAGAAGAAACUGCCAAUUUUAUUUAUUAAGAGAUUGUCAUCUCAGACUUUACCUCAGAAAUGGCCAAGCCUUGUGAAACAAGAGAGAAACAAAGGCAAAACUUUUGAAAAUUAGCACAGCUUUUUCUGAAGGGACCAGCGCUGAAUUCAAGUCAAAGGGAAGAAAGGGAAGAAACAAAAGGUCGAAGAGACAGAAGACAGAAGAUGCUUGAAGACACUCUCGCAAGGACACCGCCCGCCCCCCAAAAAAGGUCAUUGUCAGGGUAAUGGGUGUCAGGCUAGGCAUUUAAUGUCUAUCUUUGCAAUAAAAAACAGGCUACCUGUGUGCUAGGCUUUUGCAUGAAGAACACGGUUCCCCUCGUGUGUGGCAUCGAAGGUUCCCACUCGGGAACGGACGGGUCCUCCCUUUGUUCUAGGCAGAUGAUGGGGGUUUUCCUAUACAAGCCGUAGGGGCCACAGCUUGGGGGGCAGCGGGGGGCCCGGCCCUGGCACCGCGGGGAGCAGCACACCUUACGGGCAUUUUAAAAGCUCCCUUAAACUUAGACAGUGGCUAGCAAUAAAAAUAUUAAUACCUUAACUCACCUACUAACCCUACUAACACCAUUCUAACUAGGGCAGGCUGGCCUUUUAAAUAGGACUGUGUUUUGCCUGCUGGCAAGAACCAAGCUGGGAGGGAAGGGGGCCUCCUGGCCCCCCAUAGAAGGGCUCCCCUAGAAGGACAUUCAAAAUGCCCGCAAGGUGUCCUGAGAGCAGCCCCUGGGGCCCUCAGUGUGCCCCCCACGGUGCCAGGGCUGGGCCCCCCGCUCUCCCCCAACCCAUGACCCCUGCCGCCUGUAUCUCGUCCGCCCAGGGCCAACGGACGCCCCCUCCCUCCCCGGGCGGAGCUUCGGCGCCACACACAAGGGGAGGCCAGCCGUGGCCGCCAGAACAUGGCCAACCUGGUUUUGGACUGCAAACAUAGGCAUGUAGGGACCCCCUUUUAUUUAUGUAAGGCCACCCACCCAGGGGACCUGGUUAAAGGGGAUCCUCUAUUCUUAAAGUAAGGCCUAUAGAGAUCUCCUAUCCAGAAACUAAGGCGGCUUGGCCUAUAGAGAUCCCCUUUUGUUAAACUAAGGUGGCCUGGCCUAUAGAGAUCUCUUGUUGUUAAACUAAGGUGGCCUGGCCUAUAGAGAUCUCUUGUUGUUAAACUAAGGUGGCCUGGCCUAUAGAGAUCUCUUGUUGUUAAACUAAGGUGGCCUGGCCUAUAGAGAUCUCUUGUUGUUAAACUAAGGUGGCCUGGCCUAUAGAGAUCUCUUGUUGUUAAACUAAGGUGGCCUGGCCUAUAGAGAUCUCCUAUUCUUUAAGGUAACGCCAGGCGAUGUGGAGAUCCCUGGUUCUUUUAACCCUUAAGGCCAACCGUGGGGAGAUCCCUGGUUCUUUUAACCCUUAAGGCCAACCGUGGGGAGAUCCCUGGUUCUUUUAACCCUUAAGGCCAACCGUGGGGAGAUCCCUGGUUCUUUUAACCCUUAAGGCCAACCGUGGGGAGAUCCCUGGUUCUUUUAACCCUUAAGGCCAACCGUGGGGAGAUCCCUGGUUCUUUUAACCCUUAAGGCCUGCCUGGGGAGAUAUCCUAUUCUUUUUUCAUGAAAAGUCGGGUAUAGACCUUCUCUUUUCUCUCCCGUUUCAUGUGCCUGGACUCCCGGAGGGCUCCUGCCGGACACCGUCUCCCAUCGGCCGAGAGGGAUCCUUCCUGUUUGGAAAGCAUCUGCUACACAGGUAAAAAGAAGAUUCCGGGAAGGAGAUUCCUACAGCGGAGCCCUAAAGCCAGGUGAGACGUUCCUUCCAACCUCCACGGCUGCUUUGCACACACACACAUGACACACACACACACACGCAUAUACAGCUGGGGGCCCUCAGGGACUCUCCCCCCAAUAGAUCGGGGACUCCCACUCCGGCAAUUGGCCAUUGGAAAUGCCUUGAAGCAGUUUGGGGCUUCCGGCCAAGCGCUCGCAAAGAGAACCCAUUCAAGGUAUACGUGGAGCCCCUUUUAUUUAUUAUUUAUUGACAGCAUUUCUAUUCCGCCCUUCUUUCUCACCCCAAAGGGGACUCAGGGCGGAUCACAUGACACAUAUAGGCAAACAUUCAGUGCCUUUUAACAUAGAACAAAGACAAACAAACAUAAGCUCCGAGCGGGUCUCGAACUCAUGACCUCCUGGUCAGAGUGAUUCCUUGCAGUUAUAAUUGCAGCUGGCUUCCUCUCCCGCCUGCGCCACAGCCCGGGCCAACCUUGAUAAAAAGGGCCUGGCACGUGGAAAACUCUAUUUGUAAGGCAAACCCUCGUUAAAGGAGGUUUGCAAUUAAUUUAAAACCAGGCUUCUGAGGGACCCGCUGCGUUUAAAGCCAAACCUAGCAGGUGGGAACCUCUCUUGUUGGAUAAAGGAGAUCCCCUCUGGUUAACGUAAGGGGAGGGACCCUCCAUUUUUAAUAGGAUGCCUGGCAGAAUCUUAACCUCAAUGCAGGCCUAUGGGGUCCAGCCUUAUUCUCAAUGACUGCAUAGCCAGGCAUGAAGGGACCCCAUAUUAUUAAUUUGAAGCCUGGUAAAAAGAGAUUUAUGUAUUUAUUUAUUUACUACAUUUAUACCCCGCCCUCUUUUCCCUUAAAGGGGACUCAGAGCGGCUUACAAGUUAUAUUUAUAUACACUAUCUCAUUAGCAUAGCACAAUAUUAGCAUUAUAUAUUACUACAUUGCACUAUACCACUAUAUAGAAAUAUUGUUAGCAAUAUUACAUUUAAAAUAUAAUAUGUAAUUAAUAUUAUUGUAUCAUUGUUAGUAUUAUAUUGCUUUAUUUAUUUAUUUAUUUAUUUAUUAGAUUUAUAUGCUGCCCUUCUCACCCCGAAGGGGACUCAGAACGGCUUAAAAAUUAAAUUUACAUACAAUAUUAUAUUAUUAGCAUAGUACAAUACUGGCAAUAAAUUACUAUAUUGUACUAUAUCAAUAUAUGGUAGUAUUAUUAGUAAUAUUACAUGCAAAAUAUAAUAUAUAAUUAAUAUUAUUAUAUUGUAUUAUUAGUAUAUCGUAUUACAAUAUAAUAUUAUGAAUAUAUGUAUAUACAAUAUGUUGUAAUUAUUAUAUAUUAAAUUUUAUAUAUAUAUACACACACACACACAGUAGAGUCUCAUUUAUCCAACAUAAACGGGCCAGCAGAAUGUUGGAUAAGCGAAUAUGUUGGAUAAUAAGGAGGGAUUAAGGAAAAGCCUAUUAAACAUCAAAUUAGUUUAUGAUUUUACAAAUUAAGCACCAAAUCAUCAUGUUAUACAACAAAUUUCACAAAAAAAGUAGUUCAAUAUGCAGUAAUGCUAUGUAGUAAUUACUGUAUUUAUGAAUUUAGUACCAAAAUAUCAUGAUGUCUUGAAAACAUUGUCUACAAAAAUGCGUUGGAUAAGCGAGUGUUGGAUAAGUGAGACUCUACUGUAUAUAAAAAUUAGAAUAGCAUGUUAUUAGGGGAGGAGCAUCUUAAUUAUUAGAUGUCAGUAUUAGUCAUUAGAUGUUAAUAUUAGUUAUUCAUAUUAGUAUCAAUAUUACAUUAAUAUACAAUAGAGCAGGGGUCCCCAAACUAAGGCCCGUGUGCGGGAUGCGGCCCAUCGAAGCCAUUUAUCCGGCCCCCACAGCACAACCCUUAUUAUUAUUAUUAUUAUUAUUAUUAUUAUUAUUAUUAUUAUUAUUAGCAUUGAGGCUGGGUGGCCAUCUGUCAGGGGUGCUUUGCUUGUGCUUUCGGUGCACAAAGGCAGAAAGGGAUUGGACUCAAUGGCCAACCCUUCCAACCCUCAUAAUUAUUAUUAUUAUUAUUAUUAAUUAUUAUUAUUAUUGCUUGGUGGCCAACUAUAGUCUGGCCCUGCAAUGGUCUGAAGGAUCGUGAACUGGCUCCCUGUUUAAAAAGUUUGGGGACCCCUGCAAUAGAGUAUAUUAUUAUCCUAGCACAAUGUUAUUAUGUUAUAUAGUAGUAUGUAUGUUAAUAUUAUUUAUUCAUAUUAGUAUCAAUAUGACAUUAAUAUACAAUAGAGUCUAUUAUUAUCCUAGCACAAUAUUCAUAUGUUCUAUAGUAGUAUGUUGUUGCUAGGGGGAGGGGCCCCCCACUGAUGGGGAGGGCCCCCCCACUGAGAUCCCCUGUCAUUAAUGUUAGACCAGGCAUUUAACGCCUACCUUUGCAUUAAAGAGCAGGCUCCUAGGCCUUUGCAUUAAAGAGCAGUGCGCUAGGCCUUUGCGCAAGGAACACCACCCACGGCUCCCCUUGUGCGUGGCGUUGAGGCCCCACUCGGUGACGGACGGGUCCUCCCUUUGCCCUGGGCAGGUCGUGGGGGGGGGGUCUCCCUGGAUGUGCAGGGGGUCACGGCUGGGGGGAGAGCGGGGGCCCGGCCUUGGCACCCCCCUGGGGACCCGAGGGGCCGCUCUCAGCCCACGUCACGGGCAUUUUAAAACGUCCCCGGGAUGUAGUAGCUCAGAUUAAUCCCUGCACUAACCGCUAACCCUACUAACCCAGUUCUAACCCGGGCAGGCUAGGCUUUUAAAUAGGACUGUUUUUGCCUGUUGGCAAGAACCAAGUGGGAGGGGGCCUCCGGGCCUCCCGUGGGAAGAAGGGCUCCGGCCCCCCCGGCCCCCCGGCCCCUGCCCUGUGCUGGGAGCCCCCCGCCCGGGCCCCCAGAGGCCUCCCUGUGGUACCGGGCUUGGCCCCCGCUCUGCCCCCAUCCGACGGCCUAGGAAAGCCCCCCACCAUCCGCCCAGGGCCAACGGACGGCCCUCCCUCCCAGGGGCAGCCGCGUUCCUCACGCAAAGGUCUGGCGCACGGGAGCCUGUUUCUGAAUGCAAACGUGGGGCCCAGGACCCCCCCCCCCCUUGUCUCCGUGCAGGGCCACCCCCCCAGGGACCCCCACAAAUGCCUGGUGACAGGGGAUCCUCUCCUCUUAGCAGGAGGAAAAGCCACGUGCGUAAAGCGGUGGCUUUGCUCCCGUCGUUCCCAAGAGCCCCCCAAAAGCGAGAUGCUCCCCUGGGUUCAGCCCUCCUGACCCCUGUCUUCUCCCUUGUUCCAUGUCUCCAAAAUCCCCGAGGGAGGGGCUCCUCCUGGACAAGAGCCAAGGACGGAUGGACGGACGGACGGAGAUCCCAGAGAGAGAGCGGAGAGCAGGACGCCUUGCCUUUUCGGAGCUGCUGAGGUCGACCCCUUUCCAACGAGGUCAGCUUUCAAGAAGAAAACUCUUCCCAAAAAAGUGUGUUCUGGUUAUUAUUCAAAGGCACAACGUUCAAUAUUUGACAGCAUUAAACAUCUAGAUUACAGGACAGUUUAUGUUACUGCAUUUUAUACACCUGACCUUGUUUUUACAAAGGUACUCUGUAUAAUUUUUGCCUCUAUAUAUAUAUAUUGUACUAUGCUCAGACUCAUUGUUCUGAUAUGCUGUUAUAUGGUUUAAUUGUUUAUAUUGUUUAUAUUUUUAAUGUAUGACUGUUUAUUACAUGUGACAUUCGGCUUGUUUCCCAUGUGAGCCACCCCGAGUCCUCCUGGGGGAGAUGGGAGCGGGAAUAUAAAAAUAAAGUAUUAUUUUGUAUUAUUAUUAUUAUUUAUAAUAUUUAUUAUAUAUAAUUUUCUUGCACCCCAAGUACCUCUGGCAAGUGCCAAAGAGUAUUUAACUCUGCCUACAUGGCACUAAAGUGUAUUUAUAUGUUGAUUGUUCCUAUUGAUUUUAUGUUAUGUUUUUUUUUGCUUUGUAUAAUAAGGCAUUGAAUUUUUGCCUUAAUAAUAAUAGUUUUAUGAAUGUUUUAAUGUCACUGAAUUUUGAAUUGAAUUGAAAUGUCAUUGUAAUUGUUUAUAUGUGUAUUUUCUAUUUGUAAGCCACCCUGAGUCUCCCCUUAUUGGGUGAGAAGGUUUGGGAAGAAAUACUGUCAUAAAUAAAUAAAUAAAUAUUCUGUGUC